AGGUCGUGUCUGGUUCGAUCAUCGCGUUCGUGAAUUCGAAAAAAACCUUCUCGUAACUUUUCCAAAUUCCGUGUCGUGAUUUGUGAAUAGUGAAGUUUGAAAGUGGAAAUUGUUGUAUAGUGAUCGUUGCCAAUAAUUUAAGAUGAAAAUAGUCUUGAAAUAUUUCAGCCGAGGACGCUAACUACAGUUAGCCCAGUUAAGAAAUUCAUCGAGUGAUCAAAUAUUUUAUGUUCAUUCUGCUACCCUCAGGACAAUUCAGGUUGCACUUUUACAAUCAAGCUUGCAAGGAUAACAGUCGGAACAGUGAAUUUAUCGAUAAAUAGUUAAAACUGUGUUCAUCUACAUUUAAAAUAGACUAUUAAAUUUAUUAAAAACGUUUAUUAAUCAAGUAACCGGAUUUAUCCAGAUUAUUUAAAAUCCAUGGCCUAUAUAAUUCGUUAUCAGAGGCAGUGAAAAGUGAAGUGCUAGUUACGUGGUGCAAAGUGGGAUGUGGUAUUGAUGUGGUCACCGUUGCGAAUGCGGGCGGGUGGCCCUCCUGGCCGGCAGGUCAAUGACAUCGCCGGCAGUACUUGUGCUGUAUUUGGCACUUGCUUGUUCCAAGUUUGGGGCAACAUCGGAACAAACAGCUGAUCAUGAUAACAGGCAUAAAAUUAUGCGAAACAAAAUGGAACCAAUACACGAACUAGUAAAAAAAGCUGUUGAUAAUUUAGAUAAUAUGGAAUCCAGGACCAAUGUAUAUAAUAAUAAUAAUAUAAAGAUAAAUAGAAAUAAUUACAACAAUGCGAACGCCCGUGAUGAUAUUAAGAAAUUUGAUGAUAUUUAUACAGAAAACGAUAAUGUUUUUGAAAGGAAUUUAAAUAUACAUAAGGAUUACGUAGAUAAACUUAGAGCGAAGAAUUUCGGAAGUGAUUUUGUAUCAUUUUUUGUACCUAAAAGAAGAGUGAAGAGAGAAGAUGAACCAGACCCUAGGUGUGAAAAGUUUAAUUAUAAUAAUAACGAACAAAAAUACAUUCAACAUCCCCAUGGCGCUAUUAAAAAUAAAUAUUACUACAGCGAUUUAAAUUGCGUCACAGUUAUAAGGGGACCUGAAGGGCACGUGGUCGAACUCACAUUUGUUGAUGAGUUCCAUAUAGAAUACCAUCCGGAUUGUAGCUAUGAUUAUUUAGAAAUCCGAGAUGGCCAAAGGGGUUACGCUAAACUCCUGGGUAAGGUAUGUGGUGAGGCGUUCCCUCGACAAAUCAUAACAACUGGGCCAAACGUAUGGUUGAAGUUCCACUCCGAUGACACUAUUGAGUACGAAGGGUUUCAAAUCAACGUUAGAUUCAUACCUACUAGUAACAGCAUUAGUAUACCAGAAAGCUGUAAUAUUGAACUAACGGGAACAAAUGGGCAUGUCGAAUCAGAGAAGAUAAACGAAGACUGCUUGGCGAAGAGUUUGAACCAGGCACUAGAUGUUUUAUGGACAAUUAAAGUUGAAGAAGGUCAUAAGAUAUAUCUGAACUUCACCACCUACGCUCUAACCAAACCGAACGAGUGCGAAGAGAACUUCGUUCAAGUUUUCGGAUAUAAAUUGGAAUAUGAUGCAAGGUUAGCAUUUUACUGCGGUUCUGUUGCUAAUCCGAUAACGACGGUAGAUGAACACAAAGAUGGAACUGAAGACAGGAGUAAUAUUAUGUACGUCCGUCUGUACGCUUCAAAGUCCGGUAAGAAGUCUAACUUCAAUGCCACAUUCACUGCGUACAGAAGUUUGGAUACAAGCAAAGAUGGUGAUAAAUGCAAAGAAAAUGAAUUUGACUGUGAAGACAAUACUUGUAUUGACAUCGGACUUAAAUGCAAUGAUUAUGCCAACUGCAGGCUCAAAGCUGAUGAGGAAAAGGAUAUAUGUAUCAUUAUUACUGAGUCGAUGAUCAACCAAACGCACAUCAAGGUGAUCCUCAUCAUCUUCUGUCUCAUCCUCUCUGGCAUGAGCUUCGUCUUCUUCUUCAAGUGCAUCAGGAAGCUGUAUCAGGAUCACAAGAUUAUCAAAGAACAUAUCCGUCAGUCGUGUGAAGAUCGCUUGGACAGUAUGGUGAGCAGUCGUCUAACUCUUGAUGCGAAACGGCUCCAGCGUGACAGCGAACCAAGAGCCAGUCUAGAGAGAGACAACCAGACGAACGAAAUGUUUAAGCAGCAAAGGAAGUUUUCUCAGCAAAAAAUAAGACCGACCAGUAUAGACUCAGACUUCAUCCAAGAAACUCACUUGGACCUGGACGACGAACCAUGGAGAAGAGAAGUGAAUACAGUACCAGUAGAAACAGAAGACGUUAGAAUUGAACGCAAUGGAAGACCUAAAAAGAGCGAUAUGAGUAAGAAAGAAGAAUCGAUAAGAAGUAAAAGGGAGAGUUCAGAAAAGAAACAAAUACGAGACGUAUCCGUAGGUGCACCGGACACUAAAGAAUCUGGAUGUCAAACUAGAGAAAGUCUUUUCCAAACCGACCCAGCAAUUAGUUCAGAUGGAUCAGGCACGACGAACAGCCGAGGUUUCUCCACAUUUGGGUACUCCGGCGCAACAAUCGUCAGGCCAUCUCCCCCUCAGACCAACACGUCUCAGAUUACCAUAGAAUUGCUGAGACAGGCUACUGAGCAAGAAGACAAACCCCAAAAAAAAUUCCCGGACCGCCGCCCGAUGAGCAACGAGACGACCCGAUCCGCCCCUGACGUCAUCAUCGUUUCCAAACCGAUUCGCUGAGGAUGACCUUCGGGGCCCCCUCCAUGGGCCCCGAUUCCCCCUUGCCCCUACGAGGCUCCUAGGGAACCAAGAACUUGCCCCGAAGGUUCCUACCAGCCUCAUUCCUGUUACGACAAUUUAUCAAAAAGCGUGUCAUUCGAGAACUGUGAAGGUUACUAUAGUCAGCAUUUUGACGAAGGGCCCAAAUUGUUUUAUGACUAUUGUUUAAAAAGUGAUUUUAAAGCGAAAACACUGCCAAGGAACGUCGGUUCUUCUGUAGAUAUUAAGAAGGUUUACCCCCAUAGAAGCGUAUGCUUCUACGGUGUCGACGAUUCACCAUCUAGAAGUAGAAAAUUCGUAGUGAAGGCGGACAUCGAGUAUCCUAGAUAACAAAAAUAUAUGUAGUAUAGUUAUAAUUAAGAAUACGCUUUUUUUUAAAGUAAAAAUUCAUUGAAUAAUGUUUUAUAUACAAUAUCAUCGCGCUGGUGCUCUUUACCCGACUACGGUAUCAAGAAGGGUAACGAAUUAACCCAUUAUACUAAUACUAACAAGACGAAGAAAAAAGUUUUAACUGCUCAAUGUGACGUCACAGUUAAUCACGUUGUCAAAUUAAUAUAUAUUUCUGUUGUAUGUACAUAGGUUACGGUCAUCUUCGCGACAAUAUAAGCUUAUAUAAAGCUUUAUAUACUUCCAAGAAUCACACUGCCGUAUUUCGAAAUAUUAUCGUUUCAGUGUACCUUUUAUUGUUUGGUAUAUGUUACCAUUCUUAUAUAUUCGACUUUCCAACUGAUAUUUAAUUGAAAAUGGACUUAAGUACCAAUAAAGUUGUUAAGAGGGAUUGUGUAAGAACUUGACCGUAAAAAGUCAUAAAGUAAUAUGCGACAUUGGCGAUAAUCAUUCUUCCACUUAAGAAGUGAAAAUAUUACUGAACUUGGAUAAAUAUACGUUAAUCUAA